AUGUCGGCGUUAGAGGAAUUCUCGAUGGACCUGCCCAUCAUCGAUCUCGAUGUCUUUCUUCAGCAGGGGCGAGACUCUCCUGAGGUCAAAGCUGAAUGCACCAAGGCAGCAAACGCUUUGAUCACAUAUGGCGCCCUGGUGUUGCAUGACUCUCGGGUGGCAGAGGAGGACAACACCGUGUUCCUCGAUCUGCUUGAAAAUUACUUUGCCCAACCCGAGGAACUUCUCAAGAAGGAUGAGCGCCCAGAGUUCAGCUACCAGAUCGGAGUAACUCUGGAGAACACGGAGAAGCCAAAGUGCGCCGUCGAUGAGCCGUGUCUGCGUGUGAUUGAACGACUUGCUCCCUCGGAGCGGCCGCUGGACAUUACGGGGCACCACCCGGAUCCAAAAUGCAGAUUCUUCUGGAGGAUGGUCGAGCCACCGCCCUACAAGACGCAGUUUCCAGGGCUGAAUGCCGACAACGUCACCCCUGAAGCGCCCCAUAUCAAGGAGCGCUGGGGCCCAGUGAUGAACAAAUGGGGCUCAUCUAUGAAGAAUGCCGUUGAAGGCCUCGCCCAAAUGACCGCCGUGGGCUUGGGACUACCAGCAGACACAUUCAAAGAUGCUGGUAGAUACGGGCCUCAUCUCCUCGCGCCAACAGCCUCCGAUCUCUCCAAGUACGGCAAGAAGGACACCAUCCUCGCCGGCUUCCACACCGAUCUCAACUUCCUAACCAUCCACGGCCGCUCUCGCUAUCCCGGCCUGCACAUCUGGGCACGCAACACAGGCAAGCGAAUCCCAGUCAAGAUCCCCCAAGGUAACUACCUGCUGGUCCAAGCGGGCAAGCAGCUCGAGUACAUCACGGGCGGUCUCAUCAAGGCCGGCUACCACGAGGUGGUGGUCAACGAACGAACAGUCCAGGUGAUCGAGGACCGUAAGACACGGUUCCCCGAACGGCCCUUGAUCCGGAUUUCGUCGACUUUUUUCUGGCAUCUGUCCUCGGAUUAUGACCUGGCGCCGAUCCCCGCGCUCGCCGAAGAGGCGCGGCGUGUCCGGGCUGAGCAGUUCCAGCUUGGUAGAGAUGAGGGCGAGGAGGCGGAGUACCCGCCUAUCAAAGUCGGCGAGCAAGUUUCAAAUGAGUUGAAGCAUAUCGCACUGAUGGCAUGA